AUGGCGAAUCGGUGGUGGGAUGGAAGAAGCACGGAAGCAAACCCAAACCCGGUUGAAGAUUCGAACCAAACCGGUUCGAACCGGGUUGUGUCACGAAGGGAGCAAGAGUUCAUGGAAAGCAACACCAACAACAGUAACAGUAACGUUACUCCAACGAUGAGCAACAACAGCACCGUUAACGUUAACGGAGAAGACGACAACAAUGACCGUGACGGCGAUGACCAGAACACCGGAAGCGGCCGGCGUCCCCGCGGGCGGCCUCCAGGUUCGAAGAACAAACCGAAGCCACCGGUGGUGAUAACAAAAGAAACACCAAACGCGCUUCGUAGCCACAUCCUGGAAAUCGCCAGCGGAAGCGAUGUUGCUGAGAGUAUUUCCACUUUUGCUAACCGUCGUCACCGCGGUGUUUCGGUUCUGAGCGGAACCGGCGUUGUUACCAAUGUGACACUCCGGCAACCGACUGCUCCUGGAGGUAUUAUUGCUCUUCAGGGGAGGUUUGACAUUCUGUCACUCUCUGGUGCUUUUUUGCCUCCGCCGUCUCCACCGGAGGCGACCGGGCUUACAGUCUAUCUCGCUGGAGUUCAAGGGCAGGUGGUUGGAGGAUUGGUGGUCGGGGCGCUGGUUGCGUCCGGCCCUGUGAUGGUAGUUGCUGCUACUUUUGCUAAUGCUACUUAUGAGAGGCUACCAUUGGAAGAUGAACCAGUUGAAGAAGAAAACAUGGAGCAAGAGGUUAAUAACACUCGCAAUAUCAUUAACAACAAUGAUGCUGGUGGUUCUGGUUCCGUUUCUGUGUCUGUGUCUGGUUCAGCGAGUGGAAGUGGUGCAACAUCUCAUGGAUUAGGAGAAUUCAAUUUGAAUCCGAAUUUGAUGAACGGUGGUGGACACAACGUCGGACAUGGACACGGGCACGGCCAUGAUAUGUUUUGGCGUCCACCUCCUCCUCCUUAUUGA